AUGCUCUCGAUUGAGAAGGGUGUCGACUACGACGGUGUCGAAGGCGAACUACCAUACAAGCAUGUACGAAACUUGGGCUUCGGCCACAGCGGAAAUGUUGAAGAAGUCGAGGACCAGAUGACCGGCCAGGUCUAUGCACGGAAGACCAUUCGAAUCACUGGCACAAAGCGCGAUAAAGCAGAGCGGACUCGGGUGUUUCGCAACGAAGUCGCCAUCAUACGCGGCCUGGAAAGCCAUCGCCACAUUAUAAGCGUGCAUGCAACAUAUGCCACCACGCGUGUCUUCGGAAUACUGCUGGAGCCGGUAGCCAGCCAAGGAGAUCUGGGAGACUUCCUUUCCGACUAUUCUCGCGAAAUGGAGGAGGAGGCGACGAUACCGAAUGUACGAACUGCUGCCAUGAAGCCCGUCAUCAAGCAGGGCUUUGGUUGUCUCGCAGCUGGGCUCGCCUUCAUGCACCAGAGAAGAAUACGACACAAAGAUAUCAAGCCACGCAACAUCAUCGUCCACAUGGGAAAGCUCAUUUAUACCGAUUUUGGUUAUUCUUUCGACUCUAAUGGUUUUAGCCGGAGCACGACUGAAGGCAGGCCGGAUUAUUUCACUCGUCGCUAUUCAGCACCCGAAGUCCUUAAGCACGACCAGAGGAACUCCAAGUCGGAUGUUUACUCCCUGGGAUGUGUCUUCCUUGAUAUGCUCUCGACACUGUGUCCAAGCUUGAUCGUCGAUAAAGAUGAAUGCUUUUCGAAUACGAUGCAGCAGCUCCACAGUCAAUUACAAGACAUAGAAGCACCGAAAGAUUUGGACGUAUUGACAGACAUCAUUUCAUGCAUGACUGCGCAAGAAGGCUCAUCCAGACUAUGCUCAAUGCAUGCUGCAAUACCGCUGUUGCAACAGAUUGAAACCUGCUGCUCAGAUUGUGUUGGUAGUCCGUUGCAGGAAGAAAACGAGCGAGUGAAGCGUGAUAACUGCUUCCUUUGUCAAGGUGGCAAGAUGAAAACGACCGCGACCAUAUAUACUGCGAUGUCGCAAUGGGAAUUCAGCGACUACUAUGAUGGGCCACCACCAAAUUCCAGGAGUGGAGGCCAUCUUCUUGAAGGAACUUAUAAUCCCCAAAACCCCGCAAUGGCUCUGCACUAUGAAAUUCUCGAUAGUUGUGAGCUUUCUUCCUCUUCAUACUCGAAGCCACCUGGGCACUGA